UUGACUGAACAACUGCUACCCUCCCAUACAACCCAUCCUCGCUGCCAUGUCCCAGUUUCCUUCGAUUGAAGAGUUUGACCAAGGCUUGUCGUCAAUUUCUACAGCGACAAAGGAGUCUGCGCCUUCUGCCGACUUCAUGGAGAGAGAAAAACAAAUUCUCGCUGACGACGCAAAACAGUUUGAGAACGCUGAAGGAACCAGUUCCGACAAUGGUUUGCUGAAUUUUGACGAACCUACUGCGCUUAACGGUGCUGAAAAGGACUUUGAGAGCGCUUUUCCUCCUCUCCAAACCAUUAUGCAGCCUUCUGGCACCAUAUCUGCUCCUGCAGCUCCAUAUAUGGCAAACGCUGAUGUUCACGCAGACGAUGCAACUGCCGGCAACGAGCUUUCGUCUUCUUCUGCAGCUUCUGCUGACCAAGCGGAAGAACAGCAAGAGGAGCCCGAAACGGUCCGUGCUUGGAAAGAAGAGUACAAGAAGAGAAUCGAAGACAAGCAGAGUGCUGCCGCCAGAUUGCGUGAAGACAAUGUUUCAAAAGCCAAGGCAUCGAUCGACGAGUUUUAUGAGAAUUUCAACACUAAAAAGGAAAAGCUGGUUGCUCAAGUUCGCGCUGAGCAGGAAGAAAUGCUUCAAAAACACUCUGACGAUACUUCGGGUUCUACGGCCUGGCAACGCAUUGCCAAGUUGGUUGAUCUCACUGACCGUUCUAAUGUUUCCGGCCGUGACACUUCUCGUUUCCGUAAACUGCUGAAGAGCUUGGCCGACGAUGAGCACGCUCCCGGCGCCACUGUCGUUGCUUAAAUUGAAAGUUCUUUCUUUUACAUCGCUUUCAUAAUAAUCGAAUGUGCUUCGUGUACGUUUGCUGUCGGUCCUCGUCACUGCUCACAAGCUCACGAAAAACCAAUGUUUGUUAGCGAGUUCACCUUUCUGAUCUUGCGUCAAACCGUGAUUGUCUUUCUACGUCCUACAUAAUAUACUUUCUAUUUUUUUUUCCUUUCCAUACUACUUACUACUAAACAAUUUCUUACUACGAAUAAAGUGUGCGUUAUUAAUGAGGCA